CUGAAACUCAUUAGGGUUCUCUACUCUACUCUCACACCCAAAAUUUCUCCUCUCUCUCGCCGCUCAGGCCGCCGCACGCAUCCGCCUCAUUUCUUCUAGUCUCUAUCAUAAUCUCAGCGUCCUCGAAUCUCUCUCUAAUCUCAGCCUCAUCGCUUCCCUCUAUCUCAUCCGAUCAUUGGCGUCAGCUCCUUCAAAUCUUGGGGCUGCGGCGUUGUCAAUUUCCAGUACUUCAUCCAACUACAUUCGAAGAUUAGGAGAUGGCAGAUCGGUUAACCCGUAUAGCAAUAGUGAGCUCCGACAGAUGCAAGCCUAAGAAGUGCCGCCAGGAAUGCAAGAAGAGCUGUCCUGUCGUCAAGACUGGGAAACUAUGUAUCGAGGUUACCCCUGCAUCCAAGAUUGCUUUUAUCUCAGAAGAAUUGUGCAUUGGGUGUGGUAUCUGUGUUAAGAAAUGCCCAUUUGAAGCAAUCCAAAUUAUCAACUUGCCAAAGGAUUUAGACAAAGAUACAACACAUCGUUAUGGGCCUAACACUUUCAAACUACACAGGUUACCAGUCCCAAGGCCAGGGCAAGUACUUGGUUUGGUUGGAACUAAUGGCAUUGGGAAGUCAACUGCCCUAAAAGUUUUGGCUGGAAAGUUGAAACCAAAUUUAGGUCGUUUCAAUAAUCCUCCAGAUUGGCAGGAAAUUUUGACCUACUUUCGAGGAUCUGAGUUGCAGAAUUAUUUUACCCGUAUCCUGGAAGACAAUUUGAAGGCCAUUAUAAAGCCCCAGUAUGUUGAUCACAUUCCAAAAGCAGUUCAAGGAAAUGUUGGGGAGGUGCUCAACCAGAAAGAUGAAAGGGAUAUGAAGGAAGAACUGUGUGCUGAUCUUGAGCUGAACCAGGUUAUAGAUCGUAAUGUAGGGGAUUUAUCAGGUGGGGAGCUUCAAAGAUUUGCCAUUGCUGUCGUUGCCAUACAGAAUGCAGAGAUAUAUAUGUUUGACGAACCUUCAAGUUAUCUUGAUGUGAAACAGAGGCUUAAAGCAGCCCAAGUUGUCCGAUCUUUGCUCAGGCCUAAUAGCUAUGUAAUUGUUGUGGAGCAUGAUCUUAGUGUCUUGGAUUACUUAUCAGACUUCAUUUGCUGUUUAUACGGGAAACCGGGUGCAUAUGGAGUUGUAACUCUUCCUUUCUCAGUUAGAGAAGGAAUUAACAUCUUCUUGGCCGGAUUUGUUCCUACAGAAAAUCUUAGGUUCCGGGAUGAAUCUCUGACCUUUAAGGUUGCUGAGACUCCACAGGAAAGUGCUGAGGAAAUUGAGACAUAUGCACGAUAUAAAUACCCAUCUAUGACUAAAACUCAGGGAAACUUUAGGCUUCGUGUUGUUGAGGGAGAAUUUACGGAUUCUCAAAUUAUUGUUAUGCUGGGUGAGAAUGGAACAGGGAAGACAACAUUUAUCCGUAUGCUGGCUGGUCUAUUGAAACCUGAUAUUGUAGAAGAUUCCAAUGUGGAGAUACCUGAAUUCAAUGUUUCUUACAAACCCCAGAAAAUCAGUCCAAAAUUUCAAUCCACUGUCAGACACUUGUUACAUUCAAAAAUUCGUGAUUCAUAUACCCAUCCCCAGUUCAUGUCAGAUGUGAUGAAGCCUCUUCUUAUUGAACAAUUGAUGGAUCAAGAAGUUGUGAAUCUCUCUGGUGGAGAGCUGCAAAGGGUUGCAUUAUGCUUAUGCCUCGGGAAGCCUGCAGAUAUCUAUCUUAUAGAUGAACCAAGUGCCUAUCUUGAUUCUGAGCAGCGUAUUGUUGCUUCAAAAGUCAUAAAGAGGUUUAUCCUACAUGCUAAGAAAACUGCAUUCGUGGUUGAACAUGACUUUAUUAUGGCUACCUACUUGGCAGAUAGAGUUAUUGUCUAUGAGGGGAAGCCAUCAAUUGAUUGUGUUGCAAAUUCUCCACAGUCAUUAUUGACUGGGAUGAAUCUAUUCUUAUCUCAUCUUGAUAUCACAUUUCGACGUGACCCCACUAACUACCGCCCAAGAAUCAACAAAUUGGAGUCAACGAAGGAUAGGGAACAAAAAGCUGCUGGAUCCUAUUAUUACUUGGAUGAUUGAUAUAACCACGAAGUUUUGGCCAAAUUUAGAGGGCUUCAAUGUGAUCUAAUAAUGGAAUCCCGGCUGAGUCAUGACAUGCUGACAAAUGAUGGGACGCCCUUUGUCUGUGAAGAGGUGAUGUUUGUUUACCAGUGAGUUUCCGUGAAUGAGAGUUUCCAGGCCCUUCCAUAUUGUUGCUAGUUGAGUACAUUAUGCCCUAUGUGUGCUUGCACUUAUCCCAAUUUUGUUAAAAUUUGUCUCUGGGCGACGGAAUCUAAAUGUACAAUGGUCUCUCAUAGUAUCAAUUUUUCUUUCUUUUUGAUUAACUUUUGUGCUUCCAGGGUUUAUGUAACUUUUGUCUCUGCCAUUAUGAUUUUUAGUUUUCACACCAGAAAUGCAUGGGUGUUUUAACUCUGAAUUAAAAAGAAGUUUGCUUCAUAUUUG